UGUCUUUUAAACUUGUCUUCAGAGAGUUCAAGUCCUCUUCUUCCCAUUUUUUCUCUCUGUAAUCACAGUCUCCCACUCUCCAUGAUCAGUUGCAAAGCUUCAAGCUUCAAUUUUGAAACCAGCCCAUCUCACCAAAUCACUUUAAAAAGAUACCUACCAAGUUUACAAGCUAAGCACCCAUCUCAUAAAAACACAGUAGUUUCAUCUUCUUCAUCUUCAAUUGAGGGGCAGAAAUGGAACACCAGAGCAACUCACACUACAGCAAAGGCAAGUCAAAUAGCCAAGAAGUUCCAAAAAGAAGAAGAGGAAGGAGAAGGAGAGAGAAAGAUGCAUUAUGAAGUGAAAGUUAUUUCUUGGCGGGAAAGAAGAAUUAAGGCACAAAUAUUAGUCUAUGCUGACAUUCAAUCAGUCUGGAACGCCCUCACUGACUAUGAGCGACUUGCUGAUUUUAUUCCAAAUCUUGUUUGCAGUGGGAGGAUUCAUUGUCCACAUCCUGGGAGGAUAUGGCUAGAGCAGAGAGGAUUUCAAAGGGCACUCUAUUGGCAUAUUGAAGCUCGUGUUGUCUUGGAUCUCCAAGAAUUUCCUCAUUCAGAUUCAGCCAAUAAUCGUGAACUACACUUUUCAAUGGUUGAUGGGGAUUUUAAGAAGUUCGAAGGCAAAUGGUCUGUGAAAUCUGGGACAAGACAUGGAACAACCGCAUUGUCAUAUGAAGUUAAUGUGAUGCCAAGAUACAACUUUCCAGCUAUUUUCCUGGAGAGGAUAAUUGGAUCAGAUCUUCCUGUAAAUCUUCAAGCCUUGGCAUGUCGGGCAGAGAGAGAUUUUGAGGGGGACCAGAAGGCAGGAAUUACAGAAAGUGAGACAUCCAUGACUGUACCCACUUCCCCUUCUGUAUCUUUAGAUGGUGCUUUUCGUGAGAAGGAUAAACUGACAACUGGAGAUUUAAAAGAGAGUUAUCCCAGCUCAACCUUCAGUCCGAUGCCACCACCUUCAAAUGAUUUGAAUAAUAGCUGGGGAAUGCUCGGAAAAGCUUGCAGAUUGGAAAGGCGCUGCAUGGUGGAUGAAGUUCAUCUGCGAAGAUUUGAUGGCCAAUUGGAAAAUGGAGGGGUUCAUCGCUGUGUUAUUGCUAGCAUAACUGUAAAAGCUCCUGUUCGUGAAGUUUGGAAUGUUUUGACUGCUUAUGAGAGUCUUCCUGAGUUUGUUCCAAACUUGGCCAUCAGUAAGAUUUUAUCUCGAGAAAACAAUAAAGUCCGCAUUCUUCAGGAAGGAUGCAAGGGUCUGUUGUAUGUGGUACUUCAUGCCCGUGUUGUUCUAGAUUUAUGUGAACAUCUUGAACAGGAAAUUCGUUUUGAGCAGGUAGAAGGGGACUUUGAUUCAUUUCAAGGAAAGUGGAUUCUAGAGCAAUUAGGAAGUCACCACACGCUACUGAAAUAUAAUGUGGAGUCCAAAAUGCACAAAGAUACAUUCCUUUCGGAAGCUAUUAUGGAAGAGGUUAUAUAUGAAGAUCUCCCAUCAAAUUUAUGUGCAAUUCGUGACUAUAUUGAGAAAAGGGAAGCCAAUAACUCUUCGGAAACAGAUGAGCAUGGGCAAUCUUUGAAGGAACUAGAUUCAUCCAAAGGUGACAGUGAUUAUGAGCAUAGUAUGGCAGUUCAGCAGGUUUCUGAAGUCAGUAACCCAAAUUCACCUAAAAAAAGACCCAGGGUCCCAGGAUUGCAAAGAGAUAUUGAAGUUCUUAAGUCUGAGCUCCUGAAAUUCAUUUCAGAACAUGGGCAGGAAGGAUUUAUGCCAAUGAGAAAGCAGCUUCGUUUGCGUGGUAGAGUGGAUAUUGAGAAGGCCAUAACACGAAUGGGUGGAUUUAGAAGGAUUGCAACGUUGAUGAAUCUCUCCCUUGCUUACAAGCACCGUAAACCAAAGUGAUACUGGGACAACCUUGAAAAUUUGCAGGAAGAGGACGAUAUGACAUUGCGCGAGCAUUGGAGAAAUGGGGUGGACUUCAUCAAGUUUCUCGUCUUCUAGCGCUCAAGGUGAGGCGUCCCAAUAGACAGGCAAAUUUUAUCAAGGAUAAGAAAAUUGAUAGUGUGGCAUCUAGUACUAAUGUUGAAGGUGAAGACAAGAUUCCAACAAAAGCUUAUGUAUCUCAGGAUACACAAAAAUGGCUCAUGAAAUUUAAAGAUUUGGACAUUGAUUGUAUUGAUUAAUUAUGCAAUCCUCUAUUCAUCUCUCA